GCUCCGCGCUGGGAGGGUCACUGGGGGAGAGGCGGCAGGAAACACGUGGCUGCGCGGUGGCGGAGGGGGGGGUGGGCGCAAGCAGUCUGGCCACCGGGGCCUGGCUUGGGAGUACGUGAGGCUUUUGCUUUACCAUGUGCUCGCUGUGCGAGACCUGAAGCUGGAACCGAAAGGCCGUAUUUUAAAUAGGAUUAUUGACAGGCAUUAGCGGGCAGGCUUUUUUUUUUUUUAAAGCUCUUUUUCGGAUUGCAGCUCGGGAACGAACCAGAAAAUGGAGCCAGGGGUGCUCCAGCCGGCGAUCGGAGCUGUGAACGCGCUUUGAGAGUUCUGUUUUCUGGUUGAAGGAUGAUACUGUAGCUUGAAGGCCUGGUUCACCCACAGAAGUUGGUCCAGUAAAAGGGUUGUAUACCUAAGGUGAAGUCUUUUCUUACCAUGAGGAAAAAUAAAGGUCGGACUGGUAGAAAGAGAAGAAGAAAACAAUACAGCAGUUUGCCUUCAAAUGGAGUAAACCAGAGUCACAAACUGGAAUAUAUACAACUUAGGAAGUGGCUGAAAGAGAGGGGGUUUGAUGACCGAAAUUUAAGACCAGCACAGUUUUCAGAUACGGGAAGAGGCCUAAUGACCACAAAAGCCUUUCAGGCAGGGGAACUGAUUAUUUCGUUGCCGGAGAAAUGCUUGCUCACCACUGGUACUGUCCUUAGUAGCUACCUUGGGGAAAACAUUGCAAAGUGGAAGCCUCCCAUAUCUCCUUUGAUAGCACUGUGCACAUUUUUAAUAGCAGAGAAAUAUGCUGGUGAGCAAUCUGUGUGGAAGCCUUAUCUAGAUGUUUUACCAAAGACCUAUACGUGCCCUGUUUGUCUGGAGCAAGAAGUAGUGAGACUUCUUCCUGAGCCCUUAAGAAGAAAGGCUGAGGAGCAAAGAACAGUGGUCCAGGAACUGUAUACCUCUUCCAAGACUUUUUUCUUUUCUCUGCAGUCUUUGUUUACUGAGAAUGUAGAAACUGUUUUUAACUACGAUGCCCUGCGGUGGGCUUGGUGCACCAUUAAUACUAGAACAGUGUACAUGAAGCAUUCACAGAGGGAAUGUUUCUCUAGAGAGCCAGAUGUUUAUGCACUAGCGCCUUAUUUAGAUCUGCUAAACCACAGUCCAAAUGUUCAGGUAAAAGCUGCAUUUAAUGAGCAGACGAGAUGUUAUGAAAUCAGGACAGAUUCACAUUGCAGAAGACAUGAAGAACUGUUUAUCUCUUACGGCCCUCAUGAUAACCAGCGACUUCUGCUAGAAUAUGGGUUUGUUGCCAUCAACAACCCACAGAGUGGAGUUUAUGUCUCAGCAGAUAUCCUUCUUAAGCAUCUCCUUUCAGCAGACAAGCAGAGAAAUAUGAAGCUUUCCAUUCUAAAGGAUCAUAACUUGUUAGAAAAUUUGACGUUUGGAAGGGAUGGGCCAUCAUGGAGACUCCUCACGGCUCUCAAGUUGUUAUGUCUUGGAGCAGAUGAAUUUACCUACUGGAAGAAAGUGCUGCUUGGUGAUAAAAUUUCAGCCAGAAAUGAAGAGAGCAGUUUGAACAUAGCAGCAAAAAUAUGCUUUUCUUUAAUAGAGGAGACACAGCACAUCCUUCACCAGAUUUCCCAAAUGAAAAAGGACAAGGUGAACCUUGAAAACCAACUGGCUUUGGUAGAAGUACUGCGCCUGGAAGAUCUGACAAUCCUGCAAACAUCAGCAGCGAUUCUGUACAACUUGCACACUGCAAUAACUUGACCUGUUCAGAAAGCAGACCAUGACUGUCACAGCACAGUGGCGUUUACUUACCAGGAGCUAGAGGCCUGCUUGACCCAAACAUUUUUGAUGACCAGUAGCAUCAAGGAAUAAUGUAAAAUUAUGGUGGAAAAGCUGUCCAGUUUCAUUUAUGGGUGUUGGCAUCAGCCCUAGGGCCAUAUUCUGUGCCUCCUCUCCUGAGAGGCGCAGCCUAGAAAAUGCAGGGGGCAAGAGUAGCUUUGUCACCUUUGGGUCAUCUGGAUUCUGGGCUGCUGUGGGGACCAAAACAGCUCCUGGCAUAAUCAGAGCAGUCCCAGGGGCUGCAGUCCAGAAUCUCCACAGUGCCAAGCAGCUACUCCCUGGUAUGUCCCUACUUUUGUGGCUUACAAGGGAGGGCAGUGCAGAGCUACUUGCCUCACCCUAUGUUAUUUGUGUGCCAGCGUCAUCCUCUGCUGACCCUUUUCUAUCUCAUUUAUGGUCCCUGGACUUGGCCUAUGCUCCAGACCUUAUAUAAUCAUCCCCGCCAGGUCAGCCCCAGAAUGACUGAAAAACAAUCAUCCAGUGCCCACCCAAAUGCAUGUUUAGUACACUGAUGCUGGAGGCUCGGGUGGUGGCCAUCAUGCAGAAGUUUGGAUUUCCCUCCUCCAUUUUAAAGAUCUCCUCCAGAUUGUUGCUAAUCUAUGUGAUUAUUGCUCCUCCUCUGAACAACAAACAGAUGUGCUUGAGUUAUUUUGAGCUGUGGUGUUGUAACAGUUUGCAUGUUGGCUAUUCAGGAAAUCCACUCUGAUACUUUCCACCAGUCCUGAUUGUCACAUGGAGAAACUUCCUUCGCCUGUCCCCUUUUUGCCUUUCCUGAUCAAUCUGGCUGGACAUCAUAAUUGUUGGAGGGUUAGGGUAAGUAUUGACAUUAGGACCAUACCUGUGUGAAUGAUCUUGUAUCUUACUACUUUUUUGUGUGCUUUCCUGCAGGCCCUUGGUCUCUGACUUUUGUGUUUUCUAGUAUGGAUCUGCUGCAUGUCAUCCAUUUACUAAUACCCUGGUAGCUUUGGAAAAGCUAAUGUGGGAUAAAGUCUUGGUCAAGGGAGAUAUGUGCAGGUGAUGGGCAAAGCUUGAAGAGGGAAGGAAAGGGGAUAUCUUAGGUUCCAUGGCUAUGGGCUUGGUAUAAGGACAUAGAUAAAUGGCUACAAAGUUGGUUGAAAACUGUCAUGUGCACAGGGCCUGUACAGCUGGGGAGCUGGCUGACUUACAGAGUUAGAGGCAAAAAGGGACACUUAGAGUAUCUAGUCUGACCUACUGUAUAUCAUAAGCCCCUACAUUUCACCCAGUUACCCCUGUAUUGAGCCUAAUAACUUGUUUGACUAAAGCCUAUCUUCCACUUUGGCAUCCAGUCUUGACUUGAAAUCAGUAAAGAUGGAGAAUCCACCACUUUUCAUGGUUCCAGUGGUUAACCACCGUCACUGCUAGAGAUUUGUGCCUUAUUUCCAGUUUGAAUUUGUCUGGCUUCUGCUUCAAGCCAUUGGUUCUUGCUCUGCCUUUCUCUUCUAGUUUAAAGACCCUUUUAGUACCCAGUCUUUUCUCCCCAGGAAAGAACUUGUGUGCUGUAAUCCAGUCACCUCUCAAUGUUUUUGAUAUUGAGCUCUAUAAGUAUCUCAUUGUGAGGCAUUUUCUCCAGCCCUUGAAUCAUUUUAGGGAGCUCUUUUCUGCACCCCUCUCCAAAUUUUCUACAUUGUUUUUAAAUUUUGGAUACUAGGACUGUAGGGGCAGAAUUCUAGUAUCGGUUUCACUAAUGCUGUGUACAGAGGUAAUAUCCUCCCCCUAUUCCUACUAGUAACUUUGUAUUUGUCUAGAUUAAAAUGCAUUUUGUCUGAAUGGGGCCAGCUUUACCAAGCAAUCCAGAUCACUUUGAAUGACUGCCCUGUCCUCAUUAUUAUGCCAGUCUUUUUGUGUCAUGUGCAAAUUUUAUCAGCAGUGAUUUUUUUUUAUAUUUAUUUACUUCCAGAUCAUUGACUCCUUGGUGCCGGAGCCUCUCACUGUGGAGGGAAAAGGCUCGGGCAGUGGGACGUGAAACUGUUAAUAAUAGAAGCAUAGAUGUGGGUGUGUAGAGAGCCUGUGCUGGGUGUAUAUACCACGUGGUUCAAGUGUGUAGGAUACUCUGCUCACCUAAGCAGUUCCUCCUCAUUUACACUGCUGUUUAUAUGUGUGCUAGCUGGGCGUGCGGUGUCUCUACAUUUAUGGCAGCAUGUAGACAUACCUUAAGUGUUACACUGCCACAGUUCAGAUCAGCGGAGGUACCGGAGCUAGAGUUCUUUCGUUUUAAGCAGGAGGACUUUCUCAUAGCAGGUCUCUCUCCUCUGUAAUUUCCCCCUACCCACCCUUGGUCCACCAAUGCCUGAAUUUAUUAAUCUUUCCAUCAUGCUGCAAGACUCUUCUGUUCACUUGGGCAUUUGGAAAGAUGGGUGGAGAGAGAAUUUUAUUUUUGUCAGAUAAUUACUGAAAUGGGAUGAAAAGCCUAGAUGAUGUGAAUAGAAGAUACGACUACUCUGGGAAGGGAGCUGAUUGCUACUCUAUUGCUCUUUUUAAGGUACCCAAUUGCUCUUUGCUUGCUAUGUUACAGCAGCUCAUGGCCUCACACUGCAUCUUGUAAGGAAGUCUUACUAUAAUGUUAGUCAUACGUAAAAUGAACUAUAGUAUACAAAAAUAACAUAAGGCUGUAUUUUUGUGUGUUUGAACAGCUCCUAGCAUACCUAAUAGGAGCCUGGGCCAUGUCUAGGGCUCCUAUAUGUUACGGUAAUAAAAAUAAUAAGGUAAUAAAAAACUGAACGAACAUACAUACAUACAUUUUAGUUACAUCCGCAAUGCCCAUCUAUUAAACACUUCUAAAAUAACUUAAUCUCUUUGAAGUGGUGGCAAGAGUCUCUACAAAUCACUCCCAGCAUUUUACACUCUCAGUUGUACCAUCGUGUAACAUGUCCUAGGGGCCCUUGCAGCAGCUGGGGAAGGGCCAGAGUGUUGCGAGUUCCAGCCAUGCUUUUGCCUGCUCUGACGUGACCGCUGUCCCCGGAAUGUUGAGAAGGGGUGGUGUGAAGCUGGCUAUGCUAACUCUGCUCCAGCUGAAAAUUCUCCUAGGUCAGGGGAAUUCUCAGUAGCUCAUGUGGAUCCUUUUUGUAGCACUGAGGCAGUUCAAAGAGAACUUCGGUGCUGAGGAGCUGGCCUGAGGACUUCAGGCCGUUAGCUGUGACUAAUGCCAGGAACUGAUUUUCCGCUUAGUUUCAUUUAAUAAAAUUAUCCCUAGAGAACGUAGGUGUGACCCUGAGUUGCUAUCAAUCUGCAUAUUUCUGUGUAGUUAAUGGAACUAGGCCAAUGUAUACCAGCUGAAGAUCUGGCCUUGCGUAUGUUGAAUAGUUAAUAGCAGUGUUUUACAGAGUUAGAAAGAGAGGGGUUUAGAAAUUAGUUUGAGGUGAUAUGGGGCUAUAAUUAAGAUUUUGGGGGGGGGGAGAUUGCUUAGAGCUAUUUCCAUUUCUCUAGGUAUGCUAGGUGGCCUUGGACUUGCAGGAAUACACUACAGUUUGACAUUAGUAGACUAACGUCAAAGGCAAAAUCCUGCCCCACCCUUAAGUAUGAAGUCACAACUUUGCUGAAUUGCAGCCUUAGGCACAUGUGUAAGACUUCAAUGGGGCUUAAGUGGUUUGCUGAAUCAGGGUGUAAAAUACAUCUGAGCUAAGGCAUCCUAAGAUGUUUUACCUAACCACUUUUGUACAUUCUUAGCUUCUCUAGCUCUCAUUCUAGAAGCUCAAAAGGACUCUUGUUAUCUUAGUAGCUUAGUUUUAGUAACUUGCUGUUAGUUAACAUUUGGCUCAAAGAGUUUAAUCGGUCUGUCAUUUAAACGUAGCUCUAUUAUGAAAAGAGACACUGUAAAAAUAGCCCAUUCUCAUUCAUUCCACAGAUCUACUCCCUGUGGGUGUCCAAGGCAGAUCUGCAAACUUCAGUACCACCACUAUGGUUUUUACUACAUUUUACUCCUGUCAGUGAUGCAGCACCACCUUAGAUUUGGGGGAAGCAAGCUAUAUUCAGUUCUGACUUGCACAUCAGCAGCAGAACUGUUAGAGUCCCAAAUACAGAGCUACAUUCUGCCUUCAGUUAUACUUGUGCAACUACAGAGAAGACAAUAGGACUACAUAGGUGUAACAGCAGCAGGAGCAAAAUUUUCAUGGCUGGUGACAAUACUUGAGGCAAGAAAUAACUCAGCUUGACUCUCAGAUCCUAAGGUGCGCUGCUGGCAUUUAGCGGGGGAAAGGUGGGUUUUUUUGUUUGUGUGUGUGUGUGUGUGUAUGAGAGCUGAACAAAUGAAAUCUGGAGUCACUGAAAAAUUAUAAACAUAGCACCCUACAAUGCUAUCUUCCCUGAGUCACUUAGAAUAGAAACUCACUUUAAAGUGAACAUCCUGUGGAUUUUCUUUGAUCUCUUCUGGCGAGUGGCUUCUGGUUUUCACAUUUCUUUAGCGAUAGGGUAGAGAUCAUUCAUAAUUUCUUAAUGUUUUGAGAUCUAACUGUUCAGAACAAGAUAAGAUAGCAUCAGCUCUCAAGCCCUGUUAAUUAAAGCUUUACGUACACGAUGAAAAUGUUUAAAAAAUGACACUCCCUAAGGAAGAAAUCUUUAAGUGAAGGAUACAUUGCCCCUCUGAGGUUGAACGCUCCCUGCAAAUAUAAAAUCUUUUUGAAGACGGUCCUUGGGAAUUAAUCUGAAGUGGUUGCAGGCACUUAGUGCAUCUAUAAUUAUAGAUGAAGAUGAUAAACAGAAUGCUGGGAAAGGUUUGCUGCACCAGCUGCCUGGUUUGUUUAAUUAUACAGUACACCUGGACUAAGUUUGCUAAACACUUUGCAAACCUACCCUUGUGUUCAUUUUUGCAGCAAAAUCAUGUGGAAUUCAUAGUGUUUCAUCAUUUCAACAUGAAACCAAGAGAAUCUUGGCAUUCGUGACUGGUUUUAGUUAUAUCUAAAACCCAAACUCAUACGAUGUUAAUUCACACACUGAAAUGGAAAGAAAUCACAUAAUUCUCAUGAGUUUUAUAUUUUAAUAUUCUUUAGGAUGUCUAAAACACUGCAAUGAAGCUCUGUCUUGUUAUUAUUCAUUUAUAUUAUAUAUUGCCAUAACGCCUAGGAGCCCCAGUCACAGACCAGGACCCCAUUGUGCUAGAUGCUGCACACACAGAACAAAGAGACAGUCCCUACCCCAAGGACCUUACAAUCUGCAUAUAGAACAUGAGCUGACAGCUAGAUACAAGCAGAUGAGGUAAUACAAGGAAACUGAGGCAAUACUGUGCAAAUAGACAACAUAGUCAUGGUGGGGGAAGAGGUAGAACACACAAGCAGAGUGAACAGUGUGAUGGCAGCAAAUGGCAUAUGUUAGUUAUUUCCAUAAGUUUUUGGAGGGAGACAGGUUGGUGGAUUUACUUUGGAGGGGAUCAGCUAAAUGGAAAGAAGGGAAGGAGAGAGUAGAAGGGGCAGGUGUUGAGAGGCUGAGGUGGAGAGACCUGCAGAGGGGAAGGGGAGGGUUAGAGUGAACAGCCAAUCAGCACAGGACACAGAAUUAGAGAACAUUCUCAUUUUGACUGGAAUGCCCAGAGGUUUCUACUUUGCCAUUAGUCAUAAUAUACCAGUAAGCAAAGAAUUAAUGUGAAACAGUUUCUCAUUUAUUGUUUCUGCUAACCACACAAUGUGCUAAGUUCAGAACAAACACAAAGGUGUUCAAAAACACAAUACUGAUCAAACUGCAUGAAAUUAGUGUAAUUUCUGUAGAUGUCCACUAGAUGAUGCAAAUGUACUGCAGAAAGAGAGGAAACUACAUUCUAUCAAGAAAUAAUUAUAUUUGCUGUAUUUUAUAUUUUAAUAUUAGGGGGAGAGUAUCAUUUUUUCAGUGGGCUGUUACUUGAUUUCCAUAGUCAAGAAAAAUAUCCAUUUGUUUAGUUGCUGUUAGGAUCAAGUUACAAAGCUUAUAUUCUAGUCUGCUUCAAUUUUGGUUCCAGGAUACUAAGAAACAUGGGUGCGAGGUACACAGAAGAAGCUUGUCUCUUCCACCAAUAGAAGUCACCUCAACCACCUUGUCAUUUUAGUCCUCUGCAUUUAGGACACAACAGAAGCAAAAUGUUUUGAAGGAACAUUAUCUCUUAUUCGUCAUGCUUCCAUCUUUUUAUGUUUUAUCUAUCUUUUUUGUAGUAGCCUCCCCAAAUUUAGAGCAUGUCUGAAACUCCAGUCCAAGACACGGACACAGACCUGGGGUGAAUUCUGGUAUGAUGCUAUUCUGGUUCAAUCCCAUUAACUGAGGUCUAGUCUAUGCUACAGAAUUCGCUCAACACAGUGCAGCAAAAGUUGACCUAAUUCUGUGUCUAUACUAACAUUUCACUCCUGCCAACAUAACUGCCCUGCUAUGAUAAUAACUCCACCUCCAUGAGAGGCAUAGAGUCAAUGUCGAUGUAGUUAGGUCAACACAAUGUCAGUGUAGACUCUGUUGCUUACAUUGACUUUCAGAAGGCAUCCCAGAAUGCCCUACACUGACAAUAUAAUUGGGACAAGCACUCCUAGUUAGGAUGUGCACUGCUGACACAAGAAGUGUAGUGUGGACACGUGAAAGUGAUCUAAUUAUUGCAGUGGCUGUAUGCCGACCUGACUGAGGUUGCCAUAAUUUUGUAGUAUAGACAUGCCCUUAGUGAGGUUGCCCUGGUGUAACUGAGUACUGUCCACUCUUCUUUUUCACAGAUUCGGGUCCUGAAUUCUCCUCUUAUUUACACUGAUGUAGCUCCAUUGUCACUGAUUGGACAUGUACAUACUUGGGGCUGCCAGCCUCAUGUCACCUGCAGUUACUUUCCAUUUUUAGUGCACUACCUCAAUCAGAGCUAGCACAAGUAUGUCUCCUCAAAUUGGGAAUUAUACCUCCAGCUCAAAGUGUAGCCGUAUCAUUAGAUAUAGAGAAAAGUGCAGUGCCACAAACACUGCAACUUUUGGUCUGCAAAAUGCCAAAGAAAGUUCUAAUACCUGGCUGUUUUAAUCAUUGUUAAAAUCAAAAUGCUGAAAACCCACUGUGACACUAGCAGGCCAGGUGCCAGCUCUCGCCAAGGCUGCAGGCAUUAGCUAAGAACUGACAAACUCAUAGCUGGAGACCAGACCUGUUUACUUUUGUGUUAGUUUUGCUCAAAAUAGGUAUUAGUCUUACAAGAAUGUAUUUAGUGAUCAGACUCUUAUAGAGUGUCUAUUUGUGCUGCAUGCAUUAAUCGUAUUUGUAAUGCUUGUAUUCCAUGCUAUAAAGAAAUAUGUAACUUUUGAUUUAUAACUUUGAAAAUGUUUGCUCUAAACUUGUGAACUCAGAUGGGAAGAGUGUUUCUCCCCAGCCAUCCAGAAAAACUAUCAAAAUCAGAUGGACCAUCAAGGAAUGUCGCAAUACAAAGGAUUGGCGAAUGGCCCUGUUGCAUCUUGGAAAUGACGUGCAAGGAAGCUUGUCCUAUGGACUUGGAGGCUGAAUCUAGGAAAUAAAACAAAGAUACAAACAAAUUUUCCAUCUCUGCUGUUUGAACAUCUCACAGGGACAGAAAUGCUAAACUGAGGCCAAGAUCCCCAGGGUUUAUCCUCUGGGACUGCCCUGAAAGACCUCUUGAAUUGACAGAUCAUCACAUCUCUGUCAUCUUUAGGAACCAUAAAGGGUAACUCAUUUGUGUGUAUAUAUUUGCUUGCUUUAACCUGUAUUUAACUCUCUUGUUUCUUUUUCCUAGUUAAUACAUAGUUUAUUACAGGAUUGGCUACAGGCAUUGUCUGUGGUGUAAGAUCUAGGGUACCAACUGAUCUGGGGUUAGUGACUAGUCUCUUGGGACUGGAAACAACCUGAAUAUUUUGUGAUUUUUUGGUGUAAGUGACCAUUUAUCAUUAAGGCCAGCUUGCCUGGGUGGCAAGAUAUACUGGAGAGUCUAAGGGUACUGUCUAUGACUCCAUUGUAAGACUGUUACAGUGAUCCAGGAGUUCACAUUUGUUACUGGGUUGGUGAAACCUAAUUGUAGAACACAGUCAGUCUGUCCUGAGGCAGGCACUCAUGGUCGUGAGCCACUCCAGACAGUGUGACACCCACUUCCCAUCAGUUUAUGCUCCUUGAAUACUUUUAACCUAUCCUUAAGGGUCCCCAUGAGUGACAAACAUUUUAAAACAAAUGCCGAUAUUCUAUAGUUGUUACCAGUUGCAGGUUACAACUUGGAUGACUAUCAAGAGUCUGUGAGAGAAAGAUCCUCUGUACAUGCUACAUGCAUUUUGACCAUUUUAAUUUUAAGGAAUAAUUUUCUCCAUUAGACCACUUACAUUGUAAAGAAUGAUGUAGAACAGAGGUAUUUGCAGAUCUCCCUUUGUUUAUAACUAAAAAAGAAAACUCUGGCUGCUUUAAAAGACAUGAGAAUGAGUUUUGUCUUCCUUUCCUAUUACUGUCAAACAAACUUUACCUCAGCCCUGAAUAUCACAUGGAAUUUGUCACUGACAGGAAGUAUAAACUUUAUCUUGUGAAUAUAUAACUUACAGUCACUUCUUAAGAAUAAAAAAAAAUCCUUUCAUCAUG